AUGAAGUGUAGAUCUGCCAUUGCGGCCGCCGUGGUGCUGUUGGGCGCCACUGGUUACAAGGUUCACAGUGGCGAAGGCAGCUCGUCCUUGUCCUUCGAGGACUUCCUGCAACUCCACGGGCGCAGCUAUGACUCCCAGGAGUAUUUGGAACGACAGGCCCUCUUUGAGCAGCGGAAAGCGGAGGUGAUCCAACAGAACAAUAGGUCCGCCGCGCGUUGGCGCGCCGCCGUGAACAAGUUCGCCGACUUCCGCGACGAGGAGCGAGAGGCGCUGCACGGCUACAAGCCCUCGCAGGCGGACGACCGGGGGGUUUGA